AUGUACUAUGUAUGUACAACGCUACUACAAUAUGAUGCCAAGCGGAUUGGACUUUCCUUGUCAAGCAAAGUCGAUCUGGAGGCGUUCCGUGCUCUUGCUGCUGACCGAAGCGGUUGGAUUAUCAGUGAGGAUGACGUUUACAUGCUACGCUAUGGAGCAAGAGAUAGAGGUCUGUAUGAGCACCUGGGAGAGAUGUACUUCAUAUCCAGCUCGCCUCUCACCGGCAUAGCACUUGGCGGGGAACCAGGAGCACGAGGACACUUCCAUUUCAGUUUGUUGGAUGAUACUGGCAAAGACAAGAAGUCUAAAGAUGAAUUCUACUUGGAUGUUCCAUUUGAGUUGCGACCUUGUUUUGGAGGCUUCCAUGGGCCUGUUGUAGCGGUAACCGGACAAUACCAGCCACUGACUCCACUUACUAAAGUGUGCUACUGUAUGAACUCUACGGCGAUACAGAAGUGUAGCAAGGGUCGCUUUGUGCACAUGAAACCAGGAUAUUGGGCCGGUAACGUCACAACCAAUAGCCGUCGCGACUCAGGAAAGGAACCCCUUGAUCUGAAAUCUACUGCUCACGAUUUGGUGUUUGAAACGGAGAGCAACAUUUCAAAUAACACGUUCAAAGGGACGCAGGCUUAUGAAUCAUUCGUCAAUUAUCCGUUCGGUAUUGCUCAGUGCACGAAUGGCCUUUGCAAGAGUAGUGCGUGGCUCUACAAUGGAUCGGGAACGUCAGCAUGUGUUGGUAAUACCGCGGGUAUCUUGUGUGGAGAAUGCAGAGCCGGUACAAGACUGAAGCUAGCAUUAGCGCAAUGCGUUGAUUGCUCAAUGACGUCAUCUAUCCCACUAUGGGUAUACGUCAUUACCAUGGUGGUAAUGACAGUCCUGACAUCCAUCCUGCUCUUCUACUUCAAUGUUGGCCUUUCACCAGUUCUGGAUAGCUGGCUGUUCUUUGUGCAGACGUCUUGGUAUAUCUUCCCGAACGAAGUUACAUUCGUCUACAGCAGCAUCUACACCGUGUUAACAUUUGGACUCGGACAUAUGUGUCUCAAAGAGGACCUAAAUCGACUUCAAGUCAGCACUCUACUCCUCAUCCAACCAAUCACACUUCUUCUCAUCUUCUUGGCUAUACGAAUUGCACGAUCGUACAACUACCUUGGAACUCGAUUGGCAAGACUACAGAGCCACAUGAAACUAGUGCGGGUCAUGUGGUUUGUUCUGGUCUACAGCUACUUUAUGCUCACCUUCACAGCUCUCAGUGUGUUCUGGUGUGUGCAAAUCAACGACAGGCAGGUGCUUGCCAUGGAUGGUUCCGUAGACUGCUAUGUGUCACCGCAUCUAGGCUAUGUCCUGGCAGCAGUCGCCAUCCUGGCCAUAGUUAUCCUCCCACCGCCGUUGCUAUUACUCAUUCGACGAACACAUGGUCAUAUCAUGUUGAAGGGUUUCGUGGACGAGGCGUGCUGCAUGUACACUGAUGAGUGCCGCUGGUGGUCAGCUGUGAACCUGUUGAGGCGUAUUGCCAUUGGCCUGCUUGGAUCACUACCGUUUUCGAGCGCGGUGACCAGACUGUUGGUGACAUCUGGAUUCCUUCUGCUGCUUCUAGUGGUGCAUAGCACAGUUCGGUACGUAUAUUUCUUUCUUUUUUGA